GGCCAGUCGCCGCUGGAUGUGGCUUCGGUCCGGUUCCUCACGUCACUCAGUCCCCAGUGACAUUUCGAUUAUUUAUUCAUCAUAUCGCCACCGCAUUGUCGCCGGCCGUAUCCACUUUGUUUUGUUUUUGUUCGGUGUCUUCUUUCUUCGCAAAAGUGAACGUCUUUUGUUUUUUGUUUUUUUCGAGGUCCAAUCGAAGUUGUUUUUUUUUCGCAAUUUGAAUUUGGUGUGGUGUCGAGCGACAUUUCUUUCUUCUUCAUCACGGACGAGUUUCAAAAAAAAAGAAGAAGAAAACUUCGUCUGCUUGACUUUUCUUAUUCGCCUGUGGCGCGCAAACUGUGAUCCAUUUGAAAACAAACAAACAAACAAAAAAACAACAACGUUUGAAGAGCAAAUUUGAAUUGAGUUUUUUGAUUCGUCAAAACAAAAAAAAAAAAAUUGGUUUUGGGGCACAUUAAGGAAAUUGUGGACCUUCUUCUCGGUGAUUUGGCAUUCAAAAUAAAGCAAGCCGAAAACGUUUGUGGUUGCGGCGUAUGUAGGGAACGUGCGAAUUGCUUGCAAUUCAAUAUCCGUCGGAAAAACAAUUAAAGACCGAGGAUUACAUUUGCGAUUGAAACAAAUGAAUAGGACAUAUGUGCCUAUGGUCAGGCCUAUGUAUAUGUCAUUUGCAUACGAGUGAAUUCGUAUUAUCUCCUAAAUAUAUAUCCAGUGAUUUACCGCAGCCGUGCCACCACCUCCCCUGUUCACCUCCGAUUGCCAGAAGAGCUGAUUACAAUUCAGGGCUGUGCAAUUGUUAAACAAUCCUCUACCCUGCCCUCCCUCCCCCCCCCCAUCCCCCCGUAUUGUUUUUGUGUCGAAUCAGUUCUGAUCACUUGAGAUUGUGCUCCGGUCGAGUGCUGAGGCGGCCCGAAAAUUUCGCCCUCGUUGGUCCUCGUCGAGUCCGAGAUGCAGACGGAACAGCAGCCCCUCCUCCUAGGUGGAGGGCAGCAGCAUCACCAUCAUCUGCACCAUCAUUCGCUGCAACAACAUCAUCCGUCCGUCACUGUGGCCGCUGCCGUGUCCGUCGGUACGGGACCUAUCGUCCCGUCUUCCUUACCGGGAGCGAUCCGCGCUUCGGCCGUGUCGACCAGCACCAGCGGGGCAAUCAAUAACGGCACGGGCAGCUUAUGCGUCGGAUGUGGUUCACCCAUCCAGGACCAGUACAUUCUAAGAGUGGCUCCUGAUCUCGAAUGGCACGCCUCCUGCCUCAAAUGCGUCGAAUGCGGCGUCCUGCUCGAUGAGAAUUGCACCUGUUUCGUCCGCGAUGGCAAGACCUUUUGCCGCAGAGAUUACGUCAGGUUGUUCGGUGCCAAGUGCGACAAGUGCGGUCUGGGUUUCAGCCGGUCUGACUUUGUGAUGCGGGCCAAGAGUAAAAUCUACCACAUCGAGUGUUUCCGGUGUGCGCUGUGCCAGCGCCAACUGGUGCCAGGUGACGAGUUCGCUUUGCGUGACGACGGCAACCUCUUCUGCAAGGACGACCACGAUCAGACCAAUAACAACAGCAGCAGCAACAACAACAACAACAACAGCAGCAAUCAGAAUAACAACAAUAACCACCAGAAUGCUCAUCAUCACCACCACGGCCAUCACGGCCAUCAUCACCACCACAACAACCAGACGAGCUCGUCGUUGAUGCUCUUAGAGGCCAAAAGUGAGCACCACAACCAGAGUAGCAACAGCAGCAGUGGCACCGUCUCUUUCCUGCCAAUCAGCAACAGCAGCAUCAAAAGCCACAAGUCGAGCAGUGGACGACACAGUCGAGCAAACAGCAACGAUUCACAUUCAGACAGUUCAGACACUUGCAUCACGACGUCGACGCGGAAGGAGAGCGGCGAACGAUCUCGAGGGGCGGUUAGUAGUAAAGGCGAACGCGGAAUGGGAGGCGUCGGUGGAUCGGGCGGCGUCUCGGGCGGCGGCGCUGGAUCAGACGGCAAACCGACGCGAGUGCGGACCGUAUUGAACGAGAAACAGCUGCACACAUUGCGCACCUGCUACGCAGCCAAUCCCCGACCCGACGCUCUCAUGAAGGAGCAGCUGGUGGAGAUGACGGGCCUGUCACCGCGAGUCAUCCGCGUUUGGUUCCAGAACAAGCGCUGCAAGGACAAGAAGAAGGCCAUCCUGAUGAAACAGAUACAACAGCAAGAGAAGGUAGGCCAUCAUCAUCACCAUCUACCCGACUACACAGCCCCGAACAAUUGCAACACCUACUACCACAUAAGGACGAUGAUGGAACACCAGCACGCGCGUAAUAUCCAUCAUCAUCCGCAUGCACACGACGACUCGUCGGAUCCAAUUGAAGACGGAAGGAAGCUGGGCUUUGGUUCCAUGCAAGGCAUCCCGCUGAUCGCUUCCAGUCCGGUCAGGCAUGGCGAGUCGUCGCCGGGUGGUGGUGGCGGCGUCGGGGGCGUCGGAGGAGGAGGCAACGGUGGCGGCGGGAUCAAUCCAGUGGAAGUACACGCCUUCGCCCCGCCCUGGAAAGCGCUGGCCGAGUUUGCCUUGCACAACGAUUUGGAGCGCAUCGAUCCGUCCGCACCGCAUUUCCAGCAGCUCAUCAAUCAGAUGCAUGGCUACGAUAUUCACGGACCACCUGAUCACCUGUCGCACCAUCAUCACCAUCACCCGUUGCAGCACCACCAGCAACUGCAACACGGUCACCAUCAUAUGGGUGGAGGGGCUCCGAUGGAAAUGGGGACGAUGGUCGGCGGUGGAGGCAUCCACCAUGGAAGUGGCAUCGCUCAUCACAUCGGAGUGGGUCCCUUACAACAUCCGCACCAGCAGCAACAACAGCAACACGAUCCAUCCGAUGCCUUCGUCCAGUUUCUCGACUCGGAUGAGGACAGCAUGCAACACGAUGGUCACAGUCCGUGAUUGAACGCCGCACGCUAAUUGAUAUGCAGCAAAAAAGACAAAAAAAAAAAAUGCAAAUUGAAAUUGUUGGUUAAAUUUGAAGAAUCACGCAGUUUACGCCCGCAGUUUCUAUUGGAAAUCGAUUGAUAGCAAAAGGAUGAUCGUGUUAUUUCUAUCUACGACGCAUUCUCCGGUGGUGCUCUCCUGUUUCUUUGUUUUUCUAACCGGAUCCCGAAAUAUUAUUUAUUAUUGACCGAGAAAGAAAAGAAAAAAAAAUGAUGAUAAGAAAAAUGAAGAAAAAUUUAAUGAUCGCGUGCUUUAUUGUUUUCUAUACAUCGCCGGUUCGAAUAACCAGCCCCUAAUUGUUAGCCAACCAAUUUUUGAAAAAAAGAGUGAAUCAUCCAAGAAACACUGAUUUUGAAAAUGAGGUAAACAAAACAACAACAAAACAAAAAUUUGAUAAAAAAAAAACCAAGAAACAUAGUUUAAAUAAAAAAUGUAGAAGAAAAAAACCAAACAAAAAAAAAACCUAACAUGUGGGAAUAAAUUGUGUGUAUCUUUUUGCGUGCCGUGUGCGUCCAGUUUCAUGUCUGUGCGAUUGUUACGUUGUUUUUAUUAUUUUUGGAAACACUGAAGGAGUUAAAUUUAAACAAACCUGAUUGAUUGUUGCUGUCCAACGAUAUAACUAUGCGCCCUAGUAUACCAUUACUACAAACCCAUGUGUGUGCGUGUCGUUUUUUUUUUUUUAUUCCCAAUUUCGCCCUUUAAAAUUGAAUGAUAAACAGAGUGUUUUUUGUUGAUUGGAAGAAAAUUACACACAACUCAAUAAAUGGCAAAAAGAAUGAUCAAACU